AUGAUCAGAACGUCAAACUUGAUAAAUAGGGCUGGUCCUCAGAUAUUGAGGAUACAUGCUUCCAGGUAUGCCCUUCCUGCUGUCAAAAAAGUCUUUUCACAGAGCAUUAGAUUAGCUUCAAGCUCAACAUAUUCACAAUUAGCAUCAAAGGAACAAUUAGCAAAUCGUGAGCUAAGUAAUCCAGAAAUUCAAGCAGAUUUCUUUAAAAGUCUGUUGAAGGCAAAUUAUCCACAAUAUGUUGUAUCAAGAUAUGAAACUGGAGGUAUUGCAACUUCAAAUGAAUGUACUCAAAUAUACGGUGAAGCUUUGAAAAAAUUAGGUAAAUUUGCCGAAGCUGAUGCUGUUUUCAAAAGUAUUCCAGCUGGAGGAUCUAAUGUUGGGUUAGGUAAUAGUGGUUUGAAUUAUGGAAGUCGUAAUGAACCUGUUCAUGUUGUCAUUACUGAAUCUACUUGGACUAUGGUUUCCAAAUGGAUUAAAUGGUUAAUUCCAGUUGGGUUAAUUACUUGGGGUGUUAUGGAAGGUUUCACAUAUUUGGUUGAAUCUGGUACAAUUUUCAAAAGUUCAGAAGUUGCUGAUAAAUCAGUUGAUAUGUCAAAAGUUACUGUUAAAUUUGAAGAUGUUAGAGGUGCUGAUGAAGCUCGUGCUGAAUUAGAAGAAAUUGUUGAUUUUUUGAAAGAUCCAACAAAAUUCACUGGGUUAGGUGGUAAAUUACCAAAAGGUGUUUUAUUAACAGGUCCUCCAGGUACUGGUAAAACUUUAUUAGCAAGAGCUACUGCAGGUGAAGCUGGUGUUCCAUUUUUUUUCAUGUCAGGUUCAGAAUUUGAUGAAUUAUAUGUAGGUGUUGGUGCUAAAAGAGUUCGUGAAUUGUUUACUCAAGCAAGAGCUCAUUCACCAGCUAUUAUUUUCAUUGAUGAAUUAGAUGCUAUUGGAGGUAAACGUAAUCCAAAAGAUCAAGCUUAUGCUAAACAAACUUUGAAUCAAUUGUUAGUUGAAUUGGAUGGGUUUUCACAAACCACAGGUAUUAUAAUUAUUGGUGCUACAAAUUUCCCAGAAUCAUUAGAUAAAGCUUUAACACGUCCUGGUAGAUUUGAUAAAUUGGUUAAUGUUGAUUUACCAGAUGUUCGUGGUCGUGCCGAUAUCUUAAAACAUCAUAUGAAGAAUGUUGAAAUUGCUAAAAAUGUUGAUCCAACAAUCAUUGCAAGAGGUACACCAGGUUUAUCAGGUGCUGAAUUAAUGAACUUAGUUAAUCAAGCUGCUGUUUAUGCUUCUCAACAAAAUGCUUUAGCUGUUGAUAUGAACCAUUUCGAAUGGGCUAAAGAUAAGAUCUUAAUGGGUGCAGCAAGAAAAACUAUGGUUAUGACUGAAGCUACAAGAAGAGCUACUGCUUAUCAUGAAGCUGGUCAUGCUAUUAUGGCAUUAUAUACCCCAGGUGCUACAUCAUUAUAUAAAGCUACAAUUUUACCAAGAGGUCGUGCUUUAGGUAUAACUUUCCAAUUACCAGAAAUGGAUAAAGUUGAUAUUACUAAAAGAGAAUGUCUUGCAAGAUUAGAUGUAUGUAUGGGUGGUAAAAUUGCUGAAGAAAUGAUUUAUGGAUUAGAAAAUACAACAAGUGGAUGUGGUUCAGAUUUAAGUAAUGCUACAAAUACAGCAAGAGCCAUGGUUACCCAAUAUGGUAUGUCAACUAAAGUUGGUCCAAUCUCAUUAGCUGAAAAAUGGGAAUCAUGGUCACCAAAAUUACGUGAUACUGCAGAUAAUGAAGUUUUAGAAAUGUUGAAAGAUUCAGAAGAAAGAACUAGACAAGUAUUAAAAGAAAAACAUCAAGAAUUAGAAAGAUUAGCUCAAGGAUUAAUUGAAUAUGAAACAUUAAAUAAAGAAGAAAUUGAAAAAAUUGUUAAAGGUGAAUCAAUUGGAAGAAGUAAAACUGUUACAAAUACCGUUGUUGAUUCUCCAGAUGAUGAUGAACGCCAAAAGAUUGGUAAACAACCAUUUCCUAUAAUGACUGAAGCAUAA